AUGGUCAAUGUAGCUUUUUUAGGGCCUUUGGGCACUUAUUCACAUCAAGCAGCUCUUCAACAAUUUCCAGACGCAGGAACGGUGUACACGCCCGUCGAAACCAUCCCACAAUGCUUUGAAGAGCUUGCCAACGACAAGUCACUGGAUUACGCUGUAGUCCCACUUGAAAACUCGACCAACGGUCAGGUUGUCUUCACAUAUGAUAUUCUCAGGGAUUUAAUGAAUGGGUGCGAGAAGUAUAAUGGUAACGAGGCCUUGCCAGAGUUGGAAAUCGUGGCUGAACAGUACGUAUCCAUCGAUUUGUGUUUGAUUGCGUCAGGCGCCAUCGAUCUGACUUCUUUUGGGAAGGAGACAGAUGUAAAGGUAUAUUCUCACCCACAGGUAUGGGGACAGACCACUAAUUAUCUGAAGAGGCUGGGACAGAAGGUUGGGUCAUUAAGGUUGAUUGAUUCUGCAUCUACUUCGGGAGCAGUGCAAAUGUGUUGUGAAGAAGGUAAUUCUGUGGCGAACGAAGUUUCGUUGGCUAUUGCAAGCAGCACUGCAGCCAACUUACACACUGCACAUAUUCUAGACGGCCCUAUAAAUGAUAAAAGGGGCAAUACUACAAGAUUUCUCACUCUAAGAAGACGAAAACCCAAGGAGCCUCCGCUCGCGGCAAGACCGUCUUCACCAAUUACAAAGGAUCAGAAGGUAUCUAUUUUAACGUUCGUGGUGAAACAAGACAGCCCCGGUAGUCUUGUGGACGUCCUGAACGUUUUAAAAGAACAUCAGAUCAACAUGUGUUCAAUUAGUUCACGCCCAUAUCAUUACCCAAAAGAAAACGAAAAUUCGAUACAGCAAGAAGAUACUGAGAGUAAGAAACGCAAAUGGCAAUACAUUUUUUUCAUUGAGGUCAAUCACGAUAGUUCCGUGGACUGGACUCUCGUCAUCGCCGGAAUUAGUAGCAAUUCAUUGAAGUUUUGCUUCUGGGGAACAUUCUACCGUAACAUCCGCUACUUUGAGACAUCUUAA